CCAAAUUCCCAAACCCAAAACCAAAAGGGUAACGCGAUUUCACCCCAACAAGGAAAGAACAUGAACAUUGUUGUCGUUGUUGCUAUCGUGAUUCUCUAUGGCAUUUCGUGUUCCCCUGUAGGUGCAGGUGCAGGCAAUGAAAGAGUGAUACACGUAGAGGAAGGUCCUGAUUCAGUGAUUUGGGUGGUUCAGCUUUCUGAUCUUCAUUUCAGCGUUCACAAUCCAAACAGAGCCUUCGAAUUCAACAAAUUAAUGGGCUCCACUCUUUCCAUGAUCAACCCUUCCCUCGUUCUCAUCACUGGCGACCUCACAGAUGGUAAAAGUGAGGAUUUGUUAACGAUGAAGCAGAAUGAGGAUGAAUGGGUAGAAUACCAGAAUGUAAUGGACACUGUUAUUGACAGAAGUGGACUCAACAAGAGCUUGUUCUUUGAUCUCAGAGGCAACCAUGAUAAUUUUGGUGUUCCGGUUAUUGGUGGUUCCUUUGAUUUCUUUUCUAAAUAUAGUAUUAAUGGGCAGUUAGGAAGAACUGGGAGUGUCAACAGUGUCACCAUUGAGACUCAGGAGCGGAAACAUCUCUUUGUUGGGAUUGAUAGCACAAUGUCAGCUGGCUUACGCGGUCCAACCAAUCUUUUUGGGCAUCCGACAGAUCAAUUACUAAAGGAUCUAGACUUGGAACUCUCACACUGGGAUUCUCAGUCAGAAAAGCCAGUUACCAAAAUAUCCUUUGGGCAUUUUCCACUCUCAUUUUCUACACCCUCUAGUUCUGGAAGGACCUUGGAAGAUGUUUUCCUGAAACAUUCCAUAGCAGCUUACUUGUGUGGGCAUCUCCAUACCAAAUUUGGUAAGAACUUAAAGCGGCACCAUCAGUUGGGUGAUCAUUUUUUAUCCUUGCAGAAAUUUUUUCAGUUUAACAUACACCAGAGUUCUUUUGAAAGUAAUGUAAAUUGUUCAUUGGGAGCACGGCCAAUUCAAGAGUUUUGGGAGUGGGAGAUGGGUGAUUGGAGAAAGAAUAGAGUCUUUCGAAUUUUGGCCAUUGAUAGAGGUUAUGUUUCAUAUGUUGAUGUUGAUUUCAAAUCAGGAACCAAACAUGCAAUUAUAUUGCCCACUUUUCCUUUAGACUCCCGCUUCAUGUUGACAUCUUUAUGCCAUCAUAACUAUGAAUGUCAAUCCGUGCUCCCUUCAUCUUAUGAGACAAUUCGAGCUCUGGUAUUUUCUGUUUCUCCAGUUAUGUCAGUUGUUGCUAGGGUCUAUGAUUCACGAUCUGGAAAUAUUGUUUUAGUUAUAGAAGCAAAUAUGAUCAAACAUGCUGACAAUAACUCCAGGGGUGACCUCUAUGUUGCUCCAUGGAAUUACAAAGCCUUUGAGGAUGCUUCUCCUGAUAGAUUCUGGCUUCAAAUUGAAGCAAAUGACAUCAUGGGCAGAUCAACUUUGACUGAAUUAAGGCCAUUUUCAAUAAAUGGUCAUAGCGUCAAGCUUUCUUGGAGCUGGAAGGAAUUUCUGGUCAUGGGAUGUCAAUGGGCUGCCUUGUAUUAUCCACUAUUCUGUUCUGCUCUGUGCUUUAUGUUCUUCUUUCUUCUUCUUCCAAAAGCUCUCCUUGUUUUUCCAAAGAGGAUAUACACUUACAAGAACUUCGUCGCUAAUAAAGGCUUAGCAAAUGGUGUAUUAUGGGUUCUCCAGGAGCUCUGUAGGGUUCGCACGGUAUGGUUUGGUUGGAUAGGAUAUUUAUUCUAUCUUAUAUUGUUCCCUUGGUUUAUUGGGCAAGUUUUUACUGAAGGGGAAAAUAUGGCAUACAUGACCUAUAUGGGCUGGGCUAUAGAGACUUCUAAUGGAAAGGGGAAGCAUGAGUAUGUUGGCUCGCCAGAUAUUAUGGUGGUGGUUCUUCCCCAUCUAUUAUUUGUGGUUUUGCCUGCGAUUUUGGUCACUAGUGCUGUGACUGCUGAAAGGGCGAUUUACCGGGAACAAAUGUUAGCAUUUUCAGGGAAGAAAAAAGAUGAUAUUGAUUUGAACUCUAGAAUAAAUGGCAACCAGAGCAGGAUACCAUCUAAUUUCCACCCCGGCAAGCGACGGAUUCGGAAGCUUCUGUGUGUGAUAUGCUUGGCAAUAUGUUGGAAGCAUUUUAUGAAUUGCAGAACUCUGAUAAAAGCUUAUGAGAUGAACCCAUUACUCCAUUUCCUGGGCUAUGGUCUUUCAAUUCCUUUGUUGUUGGCAUAUGCUAUCAGCGAAACCAGAAGUGCCCAAUAACACUUGUUCGAAGGGUUCACAAGUACUGGCCUUGACCAAGUAUGCCCGAGUACAUAGAGAGGAUGCACGUGUGGUUGUGUGUGAGGUCGGUGUUAAAAUUGGUUGAAACUCGGCAGGCUCAACAAAUGUUCUAUGUCUAUUGAGAGGCAACAGGAGUGCUUGUUGUUUAGCAAACCGUGCACAUAAUCUGCCUUUGGUUUUCCUCUUCUCACCCAAAUGCCUCAUUCUAUGAUGAUGUUUCUGUUACCUAUAUUCGUAGGCCUUGUCCCCUGUAUUUUAGGCUUUUAGCCUGUUAGAAGCAAAAAAAAGAGAGAAGAAGAAAAAGAAAGGCCUAUGCAGUAUGCACUAUGCCAGUGCAUGGGUUGAAGAAGUAUGCGACAAAUUAUUAUGAGAGAAACCAGCAUUACUCUAAUCCAAUUACAAGAUAUGUAUGGAAGAAUUAUAUAAAUUUUUUAUUA